GUGCUGUGUGUGCGCGCGCUGGGGUGCGGAAUGGCCGCGGCGGCCGCGUGAGGUGUGGGGCUGACCGCGCGCUCCCGCCACCAAGAGGGGCGGGCUGGGCGGGGGUUCCUCAGUCGGCGGCGGGAGGAGCGCGGAUACCUGAGGCCCGGUUAACGGGAUAGGAUGAGCGGCGAGGACGGAAACGAGGAGUUCUACCGGCAGCUGCAGCUCCAGCAGCAGUAUGAGGCCAAGCCAGCCGAGGGCGAAGACGAGGGCGAGUCCGACCCCUUUACCUACGUGGACCCAGCGGACGGGGCUGCCUACGAGUGGGACCUGGAGAAGAAGGCCUGGUUCCCCAAGAUAACAGAAGAUUUCCUGGCAACCUAUCAUGCCAACUAUGGCUUCCCUGCGAAUGAGACAGAUGAUACUUCAUCUGCUUCUGGUACAGCCGCUGAAAGUAAUCAACCAGUAAGUUCUAAGACAUCAGGAACACAGCCAUCAGCAAAUAAGACAGGACAAAACCAAACAGAUCCAAAACAAAAAUCGGAAAAAAGGAAACUAGAGCCAGGGUGGUUUCAUGUUGAAGAAGACAGAAACACAAAUGUUUAUGUGACAGGUUUACCUCCAGACAUUACAAAAGAUGAAUUUGUGCAAGUCAUGUCAAAAUGUGGUAUCAUCAUGCGAGAUCCUCAGACAGAAGAACACAAGAUCAAGCUGUACAAAGAUAAGGAAGGAAAUCUUAAAGGAGAUGGCCUCUGUUGUUAUUUGAAGAGAGAAUCAGUUCAGCUUGCUUUGAGGCUUCUGGAUGAAGCAGAAAUCCGAGGCUAUAAAUUGCAUGUGGAAGUUGCAAAGUUCCAACUGAAGGGGGAGUAUGAUGCAAGCAAAAAGAAGAAGAAAUGUAAAGACUACAAGAAGAAGUUGUCACAACAGCAGAAACAGCUGGAUUGGAGGCCAGAGAAGAAAGAUGGGGCAACUCGAAUGCGGCAUGAACGCAUCGUUAUUAUCAGGAAUAUGUUUCACCCCAAGGACUUUGAGGAGGACCCUUUAGUGCUAAAUGAGAUAAGAGAAGAUCUGCGGACAGAGUGUGAAAAGUUUGGUCAAGUAAAGAAGGUUCUCAUAUUUGAUAGGCACCCUGAUGGUGUCGCUUCUGUGUCAUUUAAAGAAGCAACAGAAGCUGAUCUGUGCAAGCUGACUCUAAAUGGAAGGUGGUUUGGCGGCCGUCAGCUCAGUGCGGAAACAUGGGAUGGUGUAACAGAUUAUCAGGUGGAGGAGACUGCAAGAGAAAGGGAAGAAAGGCUCAAGGUGUGGGAGUCAUUUUUAGGGGAUUCUGACACAAAGGAGCAGCAAACUACAUCUGAUUCGGAUUCUGCAUCAAGUAGCGUUAAACUGCCCAAAGGGAAACAACCUCCAGAGGUUAAUGACACACUUAGAGAGGAUGCAAAUGAUGAAGCCCAUAAGAGGGAGAAUAAUGGUGAGGGUAUUAAUGAAGAUGGAGCUCCAUCAACCGACAGCAGUCUUGCAGGCAGUGAUGGUGAAGCUGAUACAUAACAUCUUUAAUGCUUUAUGAAAACAUGAUUUUUAGGGUGAUGUUUGAGUGUAUCCCUUUCUUCAGGGUGACUGCAGACAACAUUCAUACGAAUAUAGAUAUAUUAGAAUGCCAUCAACUGUGUGCUUUGGAGUUUUCAUUAAAAACAGUAUUUAAUGAGGUUCUAAAAGUUUGUAUUAAUUGGCUGUUCGGGUAAAGUAACUCAAGUUGCCAAGAACUCAGUAAAACUCAUCAGACAUAUUUUGUUCUAACUAUGCUUGUUAGUGUUUCAUCAUGUGAGUGUGAAAUAUGUUCCAACCCUUAAGUUUAUGUAACUAUAUGUAACUUAUGUAAUGCAGAGCUUUUACAAGAUUUGUGGAUUGUACUGUUAAUUUUCCUAAAGCCCUUGGAACUCAGUAUUUCAAUAAUUUGUGUCCUGGUAUGUUGGAUCAUUUUAUUGAACAAGUGCUGUGAUCCAUAUAGGGUGAAUGCAUUGGACAUGUUGCUAUGUAUUAGGUGGCAGAUGGUGAGUAAUAUCAGGUCACAAGCUUAAAGAAAGUGGCAGACAGUGUUGCCAUAGCGACCCUAAGGUAAACUGAGUGAAGAGAGGUUAUUGAAUCACAGCAUCCAGCAAAUUAGUUUUUCCUUCUCCUGUUUAGAUCUUCUGUUGAUGUUGGAUAGAGGCUGGAAUUAUGUCACAGAGACCAGAAAUGCAUGAACACACGUAUUCUAGGCCAUAAUAACAUUGAUUUUACACUCUCAUGGUCUGUAUGCAGUAGGUAUCAGAAUAGGUUUUUUAUUUUUGUGGUGGCUUUAUUAGUUCUUGCUUUAAUGUAAAAGUAAGGGGUUUUUGUUAACUUUGUUAGCAAAUGUGAGUUCUCCUCAACAUUUUAGCUUAGCUCUGUGUCUUCCUCACAGUAGGGAGGAUCUUCCAUAUUUCAUAAAACUUAAAUGCUUUUGGCAACUCAAACUGCAGUUUGUUGUGCAAAAGUUAGAAUACUUUAAAAUAUGCUUUCAAAUAAUGCUCUUAUAUGGAAAAAGCACAUUCUAGUCCUCUUCAAAAUAUUUCCAAAAGCAAGGACUUAGAAGAUAUUUGAACUUUGGAGAUCUUAAUAAGUGGCAGACUUUCAAAAAUAACUGAGUGGAGCUAUUUUGGGCAUAGUGUCUUAACUUAGAAUUCCACUAUUUUGAUAAGUAAGAAUAGAAGAACAUGGAUUUAGGCACUAAAUAAUUAAAAAUUAAUAGCAUGCUGUUCAUAUGGAUGGUUACCAGUGCGCAUUUGCAAGGAGGAUCCUUUGAAUUUUUUUAAUUCAUAUUGGAUUGCAAGAAACUGUAGAUGAUAAUUCCUGUGUUUCCAUCAUGAGGUAAUCAGAAUACUCUGAAAAUGUUACUUUCAAACCUUGUGCUAUGAGAUUACCAUACUAAUUUUUUCCUGAAUUCUAUAUGGUUGUCUAGGUUUGUUGGUUUUUUUUUAAAUAUAUAGUCAAUAUGUGUGGGUGGCUAUAUCAACAAGAGCAUAUAAGUUAUCACUUGUCAUUGUGGUUAUAAAUUACAUCUUUUGCGACAAAAAUAACUGUCAUAUUUUAAUACAGGGGUUGAAAGUCUGGGGGCUCAUAAUUACACUGAUACGACAAAUUUCACAUUAUGAAUUGCAUUAUAAAGAAGAGAUGUAGCUCUUGCCAGCUAAAAAAAAGUAAAUUUUCUCAUCUUUCCAAGUGUCUGGAUUGUGUGUUUCAGCAGAGCAGGUGUUUGAAGAAUUCAGGGAAUUUGGAACACUGCCUGCUUAGUAGCUGUAAGUAGUGGUGUAUUCAGAUACAUUUCUGGGUUGUGUUGGUUCUGCCAUAGUUAUUUUUAUUGGUAAGAAGCACCACAGACCUUUGAGAACUGAAAGUCUUUGCAUAUGAGGAUGUAGUUUAGUGUGGUGAGUAUUGCUUUCAAUGCUCCUUUUCUUCUUCCAGCUUCUAGACUCCAGGCUUUAGGUCUCUUACUCUUGUGUUUGGUUUGUUUGUUUUUUUAAGGGAGCACAGUUUUGUAACACUACACAGUUAAUCACUUGUUUUACAGUGGAAUUACAGCUGAUAUAGGGAAACUUGGGAAAUGCCUACAACUUUUAAAGUUCUAUGAAGCCUUACCAUGGUAUCAGAUAUAGAAAACAAGGUUAGUGUUAGUGUUUGAAAUAAGACUUUGAAAAAUAAGGAAUUGUCGUAUGUGCAGUAAACCUUCCUCUCUCCAAUUGAUGUGCAAAUUUGACUGGCUUGCUGCAGAAAUUCAAUGUGCUCUUAGUCCUUUCCCCUUCUCCUUUAGACUUCACACUAAAGUAGAGCACCAACAAAGACUGAGACCAAAUGUUUUACUGGUUUUCCUAUUAACUAGGAUUCUUAAGAAAUAAAAGUUCUUUUUCCAUGCAAAUAUAUUGUUCUCAAGUGUGGCAUUAUACUCAAACUUGUAUUUUCCUUUUGUCUACCUCCAUUUUCCCCAGUAAAAUGUAAAAAUAUAUUUUUAUGAACUAUUCAUUGAGUUAUUGAGGCAUUUAGUAGUCCAAGGAGAGGUUUAUGCAUCUGUGACUCUUUUCAGCAGAUUUUCAUUAAAACCAAAUUCUUUAGAUGAUUUCCUUUUUGGACUUAUUUAUGAAGUUUAUUAAUCAGUCUCAACAGAAAUCAGAGAAUUUCACAAAAGUUAAAAUUGUUAUUUUGAAUUAUGAUUAUGAAAUUCUUACAGAGCAGUAAUGUUUAAUAGGAAAUUUUAACAAAUCUAAAUAGGCUGAGUUGCUUUUUAAAAUUACUUUUUUUUUUUUUACUGAUCAGCAUCAUACAUAAAUUGGUAAGAAAUUAAAACCCUAAAGGAAUUUUCACUUUAUUUUUUCUUUUAUUAAAAGUGUUUUCUAAUUGCUUUUCUUGCUCAUUAGAAGUGACAAAAACAACCUUUUUGCUCAGUUUCUGAGGUUUUUUUUAGGUCCCAUUCCAGUGGUCCAGUAUACUGCAUGUUCCUCCAUCCCUGUGAUUUUAGUAAAACACUCAUUUUAAGAGACUCUGUCUCCUUUCCUCUGUAUGUCAUGAAAACAAUAACUAGCAGCAGGCUGAAACAAUUUGUGGAUAGUUAUUUGUGCUUAGUUUUGAACUAGAGAAAUAGUUGUUUCUACCAGUUUUCAGGGUAACUAAAUUGAUGUAAAGCCACUUAAAUACAAUAUGAGAGAGUAUUAACUGAUUUUUCAGCAUAAUUUGGCGGAAUCACUUUCUGAACCAUUCAAAAUAACUGCUUAGCUUCAUGAUAAAUUGGUAGUUUGCUUUAGAAUCAAAUGCUGUUCAGUGGUUUUCUGGGAAGGAAUUUUUAUGGAGUUACAGGUAUUCACCAGAGAUUACAUGGUUGGAGGAGCAUGGCCAAGGUAGACACCUGGAAACAGAAAGCUUCAAAAUAAAAAGCUUUUUUGGAGGCUUUCUCUUUUUUCACAGGUUCUCGAAUGUUCGUAUACGGGUGUAAAGAGAGAAUUAGUUUCAUUUUGCAUCAAAAUGUUUAUCUGUUUCUCCUGCUGGCUUUUAAUUUUUUUUUUUUUAAUUGAAUUUCAGUUCCUCGUACAGGUUAGGUUUUGUAUAAGGACUGCAAUUCACUUAAAAUCUUUAGUAUGUUAAAUGCAGUGCAUUUUAGCUAAAACAUGUCCUAGACAUUAUUCAGUUAAGGUUAACCUAUUAGCAAUUACAAAUAACUAGCUUUAUUAGCUUAAUUCACUUAAGAAAACUUGAAGGUGUUGGAUGCUUCAUAGAAACCCAAACUUGCCUUUCAUCAACAUUCAUACCCUGAAUUCUUGAACUUAAACCGAGCCAAAUUUGGAAAAAAAAAUAAAAAUAUAUUCAUAUAAGUUUUAAUUGGAUUUUAAAUUCUUAUUUUUAUUUCUACAUUUGAGGAAGCAUACUGCAGUAUGGUAAAUGAAUUCUGUGAGUUAUGUAUUUCUGUUGAUUUGACUUGUGUCUAUUGUUGUGCUCAUUAUAGCUUGACGUCUUACUGUCAGGAUACUCUGAAAGUUCUGUAAUAUAUUUAUAGAAUUAUAAAACCUUUUUCAGCAAACUGGCUUUUUGCUCAUUCUGUAAUAUGAAAGUAUAUUGUUAGAUUAAACUUUUCAGUAAGUAAACUUCAAAUUUUUUCUGACAGGUGAUUUUCUUCCUAUAAAAUAAUAAUUUUAAUUUAUCCUUUAGAAAAGCAACAUUACAAAGCAAAUGGUAUUUGAAUAAUAUCUAGAUUUGUGACAGCAUCUGAGAAUACCCUUUGUUUGUCUUCAAUUUGUUUCUUAAAGGGGUUGUGUUUUAUACUACCUUUUUAAUAAACAAACUCAUUAACAGA